UUGCGCGGCUGAGCAAGCCAGUGCCGGCUGAGGCUGCGGGUGGUAGUUGGUCUGUUGUAAAAGUGACAACAGCUCACCCAUGGGAGGUUGUGUGGGCUCUCACCAUGACUCCUCGGGCAGCUUGAACGAAAACUCGGACGGCACGGGAGUGGCUUUGGGUCGCAAUCAGCCGCUAAAAAAAGAGAAGCCAAAAUGGAAAAGCGAUUAUCCAAUGACAGAUGGACAGCUGCGCAGUAAGAGAGAUGAAUUUUGGGACACAGCACCUGCUUUUGAAGGUCGGAAGGAGAUAUGGGAUGCCCUCAAGGCUGCAGCACAUGCUUUUGAAAGCAAUGAUCAUGAACUUGCUCAGGCAAUCAUUGAUGGUGCAAGUAUAAUGCUACCACAUGGAGUCCUUACAGAAUGUUAUGAUGAACUUGGGAAUCGAUAUCAACUUCCAGUUUAUUGCCUUGCACCUCCAAUCAACAUGAUUGAAGAGAAAAGUGACUUGGAGACUCUGGACAUCCCAGAACCAUCACCAAAUUCUGGACAAGAAUGUCAGCUACGGCUGCGGCUUUCCACGGGGAAAGACUUGAAGCUUGUUGUCCGCAGUACAGAUACAGUCUAUCACAUGAAGCGACGUUUGCACACAGCAGAGGGAGUAGAGCCCUCCAGCCAGAGAUGGUUCUUUUCUGGCCGACCAUUGACAGACAAAAUGAAACUGGAGGAGCUGAAAAUCCCCAAGGACUAUGUGGUGCAGGUCAUCAUCAGCCAACCUUUGCAGACUCCUACUCCUGUGGAAAACUGACCCCUUUGAAUUCUUUGACUAUUUCUUUCUACACAAGAACAUUCAUUUAAUAUCACCUGCGACGCAUCCGUGAUGAGGACUUCCAGAAUGGUGUUCCCACUGAUCCACUGAAAUGUAGAACACAGCAGUUUAUACUGAGAAAGCGACUCAGGAGAGGCUCCAGUUCAUUGAGAAUCUUCCAGGAUUUGUUUUUUAUUGGAAGACUUUGUUGAAUGCAUAUCUGACCCAGAUAGAUUUCUUUCAGUUAGUUGUCCAAUGAAAUAAAUCUAGCUGUAAAUGUGUGGCCAUCAUUUUCUGCAUACUUUGCUACAAUAUACUGAAUUUUUAUUAGAAAUCAUAAGUAGCUGAUUUUAAAUGAUGCACACAUACUGUCAAAUAAUAAGACUAUAUACAAUCUUGACAUUAGGUUUUCCUUCAGGAAUAAUGUCAGUGAGACUGAAUCAUUUGGAGUUAAAUUAUAAACUUUUUUUAAUUUUCAGCAUGCAUUAGUGUGGAGAAUUAUACAUCUUGAUUAGUGGUAAACUAAUUUAUUGAAGUAGAAAAGGUAAAGUUCUUAUUUUGAUACCAGAAAUAGUCUUGCGUCAGUUGCUGUUGAGUUGCAUGAUUAAGUGGGGGAAAGUUUAAAAUGUUACAAUUAGUGAAGAGGGUUAAAAACUCAGAUUUUUUUUUUCCAUUAUAGAGAUUUCUCCCCUCUCCUACCACAGUCUGUUGAUGACUCUUCAUAUGUGCAUCUGCAUGGAUUUGAUAGUAAUGGAUUGGAACUGUAGAUGACACAGCAAAGGUCAAAUGGUCUGCUAACAGUCGUGAUUCUGUUUCUGUAAAGCUGCAAUGCAGCAUUGUCAGUGUACAAACGAUGAAGGAGGAAAAGAACCUUCACUUAGUCCACAGCUAAUUAGCCAUUCUACUCGAUCAACUAAUUGGCAGCCAUAUAUUUGUUACUUGCUAACUUUAGUUUUGAAUUUAUUAAUUUUUUUGAAAGCUAGUUAUGUAUAGUGAUUGUGCCGGUGAACCGCUGCAACAUUCUGUGGGCUGCUUACUUUGAACUUUAUUAGGGAGCUGAACUUUUAAGGCAUUCCAGGAGCUGCAGUGUAUAAUUUUAAGCUGAAGCAACAGCAGUUAUAACCUAGAUUUGGCCAAUAGUAAAACAUCUUUUGUUCAGUUUCUUUUGUAUCCUGUGAUAGAUGUAAAAGAGAUUCAAUAGUUUAAAUUCAACCUGUAAGACGAAAUACUUUUUCAUUUAUUUAAUUUCUCUGCUAUGUAUAGUUUAAAGCAAAGAAUGAUUUUUGUAUUUUUAGAAAAUAGAAGUUAGGUUAAUUUCAGAAAAUUAUUGAGGUAAAUAUUUUUGACACAUGAAUUAAAUAUUUGGCAAUUUCACAGUUAGUAUGAUUUUUAGGAGUGCAAAGUUGUGAUGCCAUAUAUUUACUUCUAAAGGAUCUUUUAUAUUAUAUUUGAUAUACUUCAUGCAUGUUUCCUUGUUUUUAUUGCUAAUUUGGGGGCCUUUAGUACAAUAUUCUCAGUAAGCGAAUUGUGUAAUUUCAAUAAAAAGAAUGUUCCUUUGGGAUCAGAUUAUAUAUACGCAUACACCAAUAUUGUGCCUGAGCUAUUGAAAAAUAGAGGUUUUACUUUGUGCAUAACUGUCCAGCUGAAAAGUAGAUUGGGGUACUAUUAAUUGUUGAGCCUCGUGUUCUAUUUAGAGGUUUAAUAAUUUGGUAUUAGAUUUCUGAUUUGUACAAGGUUUAUAAGGAAUGUUGUAAUGCAGAACAUAAGCAAAUAUAGUUGGUUUUCAUUUAUGCAUUGUCAUUUUGUCAUCCAGAGCAUUAAAUGUUAUGAGUAACAUUUGUCUGUUAUAUUGGGGAUUGUCUGGAACAAACGUAAAAUCUGAUGUAAUAAUUGAAUUGCCUUGCAUACUAUUUCUUACAGGUCCCACUUCUCAUUUCCCAAACUAAUCAUCUAAAAGUUUCAGUCUCACUGACCAAAAGCUGUUCCUAAACAUAUUAUUUCAGAUUUUCUUUGUAGUAUUUAUUUUCUUGACCUUAAUGCUUUAUAGCAUAGUAUAUUAUGUGAACUGGAGCAAACAUAGUAAUUAUCCCUUGAUAAAGCACAACAACUAACUGCUGUACAUCAGAGUCACUGUUUUUUAUAUAUUGAAAUGUUUUAAGCAUUUCUUUUGUAGUUCAUAAGACUUGGGCUAUUGAAUUGGUUUUAUAUCUUCCAUACAAAGUUGCAAGAUAAGUCUUAAUAUAAUGAAGUUUCAAUCAUUUUCAAACUUCCGUGCUGCAGGCAUUUGCUGUUUCCUCUUUAAGGAACAGUAGUUUUUUUAUGUUUUGUAACUGUACAUUUGAAUUUUCACAGAUGACGUUGGGGCAGUGUCCUCUGAUACUUUAUACACUUUCCAAUGCAGUUUGUGCUAUUAAUGUGCAGUACAUUGUUGUAAGAUCUGUACAUUGUAAUAAAUGAUUAUUUGUCAUAAAAGACCAGUGAAUGUUUGGUAAUGGAUGUUUUAUAAUACACAAAUAAACCAAAUAUUUGUAAUUGGAGCCCAUCAGU